GAUGCUCUCAAGAAAAACAUAGCUGUGACGUGGUUGAAGAAUGCUUCUCUGGAUAAUGGAGGUUAAGCAUAAACAUGGCAAGUUAGAAUAACUGCCCUACAAAAUAGGGCCUCACGUGUGGCGCAGAGGUCUAAGGCACUGUUAGCUGUGCCACUAGAGAACCUAGUUUGUGACCGGGAGAACAAUUGGGCGGAGCACAAUUGGCCCAGCGUCGUCCGGGUUAGGGGAGGGUUUGGCCGGCAGGGAUGUUACUGUCCUAUCGCGUACUAGCAACUCCUGUGGCAGGCCGCUAAGCACGCUGACUCGGAUGCCGAGUGUACGGUGCUUCCUCAAACACAUUGAUGCGGCUGGCUUCUGGGUUAAGCGGGCGUUGUGUCAAGAAGCAGUGCGGCUUGUUUGGGUUGUUUCAGAGGACGCAGGGCUCUCGACCUUGGCCUCUCCCGAGUCCGUACGGGAGUUGCAGCGAUGGGACAAGACGCUGUUCUUGUGCUGCACUGAGAAUACUGAUUCCUUCCACGCUGAAUACAGGAAUCCUCUCCUCUCACAACCCAGAAUCCUAGGAUUGAUACUACAGCAGCUCUUUAAAGAUGACACCCACUGUGACUCUCAACACCGGGGCCAGCAUGCCUAUCGUGGGCUUGGGGACAUGGGGGGCAGAAGCAGGCAAGGUCACGGAGGCAGUGAAAGCAGCAAUCUCUGCAGGCUACAGACACAUAGACGGAGCCUACUGUUACCAGAAUGAGGACAUGGUGGGGGUUGGCAUUCACACCAUGAUUGACCAGGGGGUGGUGAAGAGAGAGGAGCUUUUCAUCGUCAGUAAGCUGUGGUGUACUCUCCAUCAGAAGUCUAUGGUGAAGGGAGCCUGUCAGAAGACUCUGAGUGACCUCAAGCUAGACUACCUGGACCUCUACCUAAUACACUUCCCUAUGUGCUUUCAGCCUGGAGAGAAUCUAUUUCCUUUUGGUGAAGACGGACAGGUAGCCGCAGGUGAAAGCAACUUCCUGGACACUUGGGAGGCUAUGGAGGAGCUGGUGGAUGCUGGUCUGGUCAAGGCUAUCGGUGUCUCCAACUUUAACAAAGACCAGAUUGAAUCCAUCCUAAACAAGCCAGGCCUCAAGUAUAAACCUGCCAACAACCAGAUUGAAUGCCACCCCUAUCUGACUCAGGAGAAGCUGAUCAACUACUGUCACUCUAAAGGCAUCCCAGUGACAGCCUACAGCCCUCUGGGCUCCCCAGACAGACCAAGGGCGAAACCUGGUGAGCCGUCUCUGCUUGAGGACCCAAAGUUAAAGACCAUCGCUGAUAAGUACAAUAAGACUACAGCACAGAUCCUUAUCCGCUUUCAAAUCCAGAGGAAUGUGAUCGUCAUUCCCAAGUCGGCUACGCCCUCCCGGAUCAAGGAAAAUUUUCAGGUGUUUGACUUCGAGCUGAAUGACGAAGACAUGAAAGUCAUCUUGAGUUUCAACAGGAACAUGAGAGGAUUUGCUAUGAAAUGGGGCAACAAGCACAAAGACUUCCCUCUGAAUGCAGAAUACUGAAACCUCCGUGUGGACACCCACAUUCCUACACUGGGGACAUACAGCGAGAGGUCCAGUAGUUGUACAGAUUCAACCACUACUGUGACCUUGUUCAUGAGGCAAACAGAAUGUCAAUGUGUAAUGUAAUACGUGCCAGAUAUUGUUGCCUUUACUUGUUCAGAGUUUAAACAUGUUGUACAUUUACCUACAUGUUGGGAAGUGCCUUUGAAAGCAUGGUGUCCCUGUGCUCCUUGUUGUAAUAUAAAAUUAUAUUAAUAAUUCCUUAGACAGUGAUCUUUAGAGAUAUCUCAACCAAUAUGUUAACAUUGACAACUUACACAGUAAAAUGUGACUCAUUCCAGAAUUUCAAAGAAAGCUAUCAUAAAAAAAUAAAACUGUUCAAGGGAACUGGGAAUUUCA